UCUGAAUUUCCAAACGGACCGACCAACUACCGGCAUGGACCAUAAUAACACGUCAUUGCUCUCAGAGGAAGGUCCAGCAGGGAGUGACUGAACAAUACCAGAUGGGAUCAACAUGAGUUCUUCUUUCAUAAUAAUUGGCACAAGUAUUCUUGCACUACUACUCGCUGGAUAUUUUGCACAGAAAUACUUACCCCCACCACCACCAAAAGUUGUUGGCAUUGAUUUAGGCACAACAUACUCAUGUAUUGGAAUGUACCAUGCUGUGAGUGGUAAUGUGACCAUUCUGGAGACACAAGAUGGGCAUAAGUGUAUACCCAGUGUAGUUGCGUUCACUGAAGACGGAGUGUUAGUUGGUUAUAAAGCAGUGGCUCAGGCUGAGCAUAACCCCUUCAACACCCUUUAUGAUGCUAAAAGGUUCAUUGGCAAAAAGUUUACUGAUGAAGAGCUAAAAGAAGCCCAAAAGCAAUAUGCCUUUAAGUUGCAGGCUGAUCCUUUGGGAAUGGUGACCUUUUUGAUUGAGGUGAAUGGCACGCAGAAUGCAGUUGCACCAGAAGAAGUGGGGUAUUACAUUAUCAGCGAACUUGCCAGAGCUGCUGAGAGAAAUUUGUCCGCGCGUGUGAAAAGAGUGGUGAUGUCUGUGCCUGCAGAAUUUGAUGACAUGCAGAGAAAUUACACCAUAAAAUCUGGCUCUCUAGCAGACCUGGAUGUGUUACGUCUCAUCAAUGAACCCACCGCGGCUGCUAUGGCUUACGGCUUGCAUAAAAAGACCAGUCCCCACAACAUCCUUGUGGUUGAUCUGGGCGGAGGGACUUUAGACGUGUCUUUACUGAAUGUGCAAGGAGGAAUGUUCCUCACUCAAGCCAUGGCAGGAAACAAUCAUCUAGGAGGUCAAGAUUUCAACCAGCGUCUGAUGAAUCACCUGCUGGGUGUGAUAAGUUCUCGUUACGGCCUCAGCCUGAAGGACAAGGAGGACAUCCAGGGCCUGAGGCUGAAGGUGGAGGAAGCCAAACUGAAUCUCACCAGUCAACAGGAGGUGCUGAUCUCUUUGACGUUACAUUCUCUCGACAAUGUGGUUUUUUCUGAGAAAAUUUCAAGGACUCAGUUCGAGAAGCUGAAUGCUGAUUUAUUCGAAAAAGUAUUAAUACCGAUCAAUAGAGUGCUGGAGAGUACAGAGUUACUACCAGAAGAUGUGGAUGAAAUUGUUCUUGUGGGGGGUUCAACAAGGAUUCCAAAAGUUAUUGAAAUGGUUUCGGAGCAUAUGGGCAAGCGGCCGAACACGCACAUUGACCCAGAGUUGGCUGUGGUGACUGGGGUAAGUGUGCAAGCUGGUAUCUUAGGAGGCAUGUGGCCCCUCACUGUCAGUGCUGUUGAGUUACCGUCGAGGGUGAAAAAAAUGCGUGUCCAUUGAGCACAUCUCCUAUAAUAUCGUCGACUAAGCUAGAAGCAGUGCAGUCCAGUCCAGAUUACAGUGCAAUAGAUCAGAGACAGUAGUCAGCAAACUUGGAGGAUCAUGCCUGGCUGGUUACGGUAUCUUAGUGUGUAGCAUUAGCUGGCACAAGAUAUUACUGUCUUAUUCGGACAUUCAUUCCUGUGUAAGUGUGUGCGUGUGUUCUCGCAGAACAGAUAAAUUGAGACAAAUGGUUGGUAUAAAUAACAUUGGUUUUGUUUUCAUUCUUGACAAAACUAUUUUGUAAAGUCUUAACUUUAAUUUAAAUUGUGUCGUAGAUGAACUCAACUUGUAUUUCAUCUAGAUCAGAAAGAUUUUCACUGAAAUGAAUAUUCGCAACUGCAGUUUCUGUGCCUUGUAUGAAAAUUGAUGGGAAUAGUUUUAACAUUGAUAUUGAACAUACAAAGGUUUUAGUAAAAAGUCCCUUCAAUGUUGAUACAGUUGUCCUUGUAACAAUAAUAAUAAUAAUAAUAAUAAUAAUUAAUAAAUAGCAUUUAUAUAGGGCAUACCCCUGCUCAACAGCAAGCUCUAUGCACUUUACACUAUGUUAUUACCCGAGCAAACCGUAGAACUCUCAGAAACAUUCUCAGCUUAGGCAUACAGUACAAGCAGCUGAUUAAGCGCUCAAACACUAACAAACUGACAAGAUCUUUCGCUGUCC